GUAAAGCAAAACUUAUAUGAAAUGAAUCAAAUAAUUCUCUUAUGGCUAGUGUUGGGAUUUAUUGGUUGUGGAUGGGCUCAGCAGUCGUGCUCUGCAUUGAACGGCCCGUGCGGUGGUUCAGCUAAGAGACAGUGCUGUGCGGCUGAGGGACACGGACUGAGAUGUGACGCCACGGCUAUUGAAAAUGACAGUAACGGCCGGUUUGUGGCCUACACCGGGGUUUGUCAACGCAAUUGUCAGCCAGUGUGGGGGAUGUGUAUGCCCGGAGCUAACAGUCCCAGUCAGUGUUGUACCGAAUUGGGACUCGUAUGCCGGGAAACUGGUAAUACUAAAGGUACCGGUUGGGGACAGUGCUCACCACAAUAAGUAAUCAAUAACUUUAUAACUUGUUAAUGAUUAUCAGC